CUGACAAAUCCCCAGAGCAGGAAGGCUCAUCUGUGCACAGCUCUCCAUUUGCUGACAACUAGCGAAAGUGACAACAUUACAAGUGACUUUUAAGAUCCCAUGGCUUUAAUAGGGAAAGAUAUAUUUUAACAGCCCAGGCACAUAACUGUGCGACGCUGCCAAUUGCAUUGAGUGCUUGCAGCCACGCUUCACACCCAGAGAAGCUGUUAUUUUCUGGCAUUAGAUAGGAGGAUCAUGUGUGAGCUGACAUAACAGACACGCCAAAAUUGUUCAGCUGUACAGGCUCUCCCAGACUAAAUACCAAAAAAAAAACCAACCAACCAAAAAACUGCCAGUAUGCCUCCAGGAACAGACAGACGCAAAGCCCCAAAUGACAUGUGUGCAUCUAGAAAAUGCACAGCAGAAUUCCAAGUCAUAUGCACAGGCUUCAAUCAAUGAACCUCGCUGAUACAUGGGAAACACUUCAUUCCCAGUAAUUGUCCUUUGACUGCUCUAACAAGUAGAAUCUGCUCGGGAUGGUAAUGAUUACAGUGCUGACUCACAGAGGGUUUUGCCGUGCUGGCAGCAGCGCACCAGCAUGGUGCUCACUUGGAAGGCAUUUUGCAUUUUGAACCAAUCUGCAUUUUUAAUCCUUUGACUGCCAACGGUUGUUGGUGGCUUUGUGGUGCUGACUCCCAUUUCCCUCCAGCAGGGGCUGGAUGAGGAUGUUCCUCUCGCUCAGUACCCAGCAAGGGGAGCGAGGUUGGGGUGUUCCUGGACUCCCCAUGAUUGGGAGCUGCAUGUGGGCUCUCACCGUGCUCACACACACACCAUGGGCAGAUCAGUGGGCACAUUUGUGGCACAGUCUGCUCCUGCCCCUGGUACAGCCCAAACCUCCACUUUGCAGCCCCCCAGCACAUCACCUUGCAGCAACAGCAGGAGCCCAAAUGUCAGCACCCUGAUGGGGAAAUGAGAGCAGCAGGACAAGGACAGCCCUGGGAGGAUGAGCCAGCCUGCCUGAAGCUGCUCAGCCACAGGAAAACCACCCGAGAAGUUUCCAUGAACAAAGUCUUGCUGCUGCUCCAUUACAGCUCCCGCAGCCCUUAAUGACCGUGACUAUGAAGAGGCCUUUUGGUUUUCCUCUGAUAAGGAUUUUCCCUUCCAAGCACACGGGGUUGAAGCGGAGGGGCCGAGGCAGCGCUCACGUGCACGGAGCAGCCAGAAGCCAGGGCAGACCUCGCUGCAGGGAAAUCGCAACCCCUGGAAAACUGUUCCCCUAAUUACAGCCUUGAAGCAUGGAGCAAACCACAUAAGUGAUUCACACAGCGUUCCCAAGCUGCAGCCGCGUGAAUUGGAGAGAUUUCCAAACGCUGCCGCGACGUGCACACUAUUAUCAGGAUGGAAAUACGGAAAUUUUCAUCAUAAGGAGGCGAGGAGGGGGAAAAAACCAUCAUUAAAUGAAUCUCUUCGUGUCAAGAAGACCUGGGAGGUGUGUCGCUGGUGGAUCUGUAUAGGAUACAGAGCUCUCAUGGCAGGGAGCAGGCUGGCAGGGCGCUGUAGAAAUUCUUGGGUUUGUUAUCGCAGCUCAGGGCCCGGCCUCUGCUUGCGAGUGGGGUGUGAAAGGGAGCAGGCAAGUGCACUUGGGGAGGGAGAAAGGGAUGGAGCUGGUGUGGAGUGGAGUUAAAAGUGGCCCAUUGUUAGGGAAGUUUGCUCUCCUCACAUCAUCACAGCUCCCAGUGACACCGCUCUGCCUUUUGAAGUGCAACAUUAGGCGUUUCCUUGUCACCCAUUGGUGAGGGAGCUUUUUUACCACAUUAAGUCAUUGGGUAGCAAAUGAAUGGGGGGUUUUGACUAUUCAGAACUUCACCUUAUAAAUAUCAGGGUUGCAGGUUCCUGCAGCUUUCCUGGACCCGAAUAUCUGGAGAUACAUCGGGACGCGGCGAGGCAGCCUUGCCAGGGACCUGCGGGAUCAGCGGAGGGAGCCGGGUCCCACACUGACAGCCAUGAGGGGCAGCACCUUCCUCCUCCUCUCCAUCGUGGGCAUCUACGGUGCUGUUCUCAAUGCAGCAGCAUGGUCGGUGAAUAACUUUCUGAUGACAGGACCUAAGGCAUACCUGACGUACUCCAGCAGCGUGGCGGGGGCACAGAGUGGGAUGGAGGAGUGCAAGUUUCAGUUCGGAUGGGAGCGAUGGAACUGCCCCGAGAGCGCCCUGCAGCUCUCCACCCACAACCGCCUGCGCAGUGCUACCAGAGAGACAUCCUUUGUGCAUGCCAUCAGCUCCGCUGGUGUUAUGUACACCCUGACCAGGAACUGCAGCAUGGGGGACUUUGAGAGCUGCGGCUGUGAUGACUCCAGGAAUGGGCGUGUAGGUGGCCGAGGCUGGGUCUGGGGAGGCUGCAGCGACAAUGUGGAGUUUGGGGAGAGGAUUUCCAAGCUCUUUGUGGAUGCUUUGGAAACAGGACAUGAUACCCGUGCCCUGAUCAAUCUGCACAACAAUGAAGUUGGAAGACUCGCUGUGAAAGCCACGAUGAAGCGAGCCUGCAAGUGCCACGGGGUGUCAGGCAGUUGCAGCAUCCAGACAUGCUGGCUCCAGCUCGCCGACUUUCGGGAGAUCGGCAACUACCUGAAGAUGAAAUACGACCAAGCCCACAAGCUGGAGAUGGACAAGAGGCGGAUGAGAGCCGGCAACAGCGCUGACAGCCGCGGGGCCACUGCCGAGACCUUCCACCACGUCCACUCCACGGAGCUCGUUUUCCUGGAGGACUCCCCUGACUACUGCACGAGGAACGCCAGCCUGGGCCACCACGGCACCGAGGGCCGCGAGUGCCUACAGACCGGCAAGAAUCUCUCGCGGGACCGGAGGAGCUGCCGGCGGCUCUGCACAGAGUGCGGCCUCAAAGUGGAGGAGAGGAGGACAGAGGUGGUCAGCAGCUGCAACUGCAAGUUCCACUGGUGCUGCACGGUGCGGUGCGAGCAGUGCCGGCAGCUGGUGGCCAAGCACUUCUGCUCCCGCCGCGAUGCCACUGUUGCCAACCACACCAAGCGGCGGAACAAAGGCCACAGGAGAUAGGGGGAGGCCAGCAACCAACUGCCUGCCAGGCGGGACCUGUGGGUUUCUCCACCUGUGGCGGCCCUCAUCAUAACUGAGG